AUGUCAGAGGCAACAGCAAACAAGACUUACCCGUCCAUUGUAGGUGGAAAGGAGGUGUACAAUGAAGAAGAAGGAAUACCAGUGAAUGACGCAUCCAAUGAGCUCUUACAUAAGUUCUCACAUCUUUCGCUAUCCACUGAAUCGAUCAACAACUUAGUGAAGAAUGCAAAGGAAGGGUUUCAAGAAUGGUCCUCCGUUCCCACCGAUGAAAAGGUAAAGAUUUUCAGCAGAACCAGGGAACUCUUGGAGGAGAGAAGGGAUGACAUAAGGGAGAGCCACUUGGAAAUAGGCGGACCAGGUUGGUUUGCAAACUUUAACGUUGAUGGAACCAUUGACCAACUUCAAGAAUAUACGAACCAGUUAUCACGAUCCCCGGGUACAGUGGUGCAAUCUCCACACAAUGACUUGGCAUUAACCCUCAAACAGCCAAUUGGUCCUGUUUUAUCUAUCUCACCAUGGAAUGCCCCUGUCAUUUUGGCAGGACGGUCCAUUUUGGCUCCUCUCGCGGCUGGAUGUUCAGUUAUACACAAAUCUAGUGAAAAAUCACCACGGUCGAGUUAUCUCUUGGUCAAGUGUUUUCUCGAUGCGGGAGUUCCACCUAAAGCGUUACAGUUGGUUCAUAUCAAGCCGGAAGAUAAUGCCAGCUUUACUGAAUUUGUCUUGAAAUCUGGCGUGAUUAAGAAGGUGAAUUUCACUGGGUCAACAUUGGUUGGAAGAAAGAUUGCUGAAACCUGUGGUAAGUACUUGGUUCCGUAUUUGUUGGAAUUGGGCGGGAAAAAUUUGUCGAUUGUGUUGUCGGAUGCUAACUUGGACAAGGCGGCGGGAGCUAUUUUGUUUGGUGCCUGGGCUCAUAGAGGACAGAUUUGUAUGAGUACUGAUAAAGUAUUUGUUGACGAGCUGAUAUAUGAUCAAUUGAAGGGAAAGUUGAUUGAAGUAGCUGGUGAAUUAACAAAGGAUAGGGAUCACCAAUUGAGUCAAAGAGAUGUACUUGGCAGGGACAAGGUUGUGGAUUUGGUGGAGGACGCAUUGCAAAAAGGUGCAACGUUGGUUUAUGGUAAGUUCGAUAAAGAUGUUAUAUUGAAAUCGAACGUAAUUGAGCCCAUGAUUUUGGAGGGAGCUGAUUCUCUGAUGUCCAUUUAUACACAGGAGUCAUUUGGACCAGUUUUCACUUUGCACAAAUUCAAGGAUGUUGAGGACGUUAUCGCGGAAAUUAAUGAUCACGAUUAUGGUUUGAAAGGAUCAGUAUGGUCUACAAAUAUUGUCAAGGCUUUGUACAUAGCAAAGAAAUUGGAAAUCGGGGGUGUCCAUAUAAAUGCACCAACAGUUUCAGAUGAAGCAACUGUGCCUCAUGGAGGUGUUAAGUCUAGCGGUGUUGGUAGAUUCAACAGUCACUGGGGUAUUGACGAAUUCCUGAUCGUUAAAGCAAUUACGAUAAACGAGUAA